UGACAUCUAUCACGAUUUGCAAUGUGCACCAUUUGAUAAUUUUUGGUUUGGUUAAGAUUUGUUUUGUGUGUGAGCGUGAACGUUGAGCGUUCCUGAAUUUAAGUCAUAGUUUUAGGAGUGGACGUCUUAUUACACGGAUUUGUUCGAACACAUUUGCCAGUAUGGGUCCAAAAAUCGACUACGACGCGAUUGCACGUAGAGGCUGUACAUUUACUCAAGCGUAUUAUGAUAGUCCCGCAAUAAUAAAAAUACACAUCUUAAAGGGUUUGAUGUUGGACAAAGAAAUGUGUAUUAAAGUUUUUGGCACACCGUAUCCCGAAGGCUACGAAGUUCUGACAGGACAAGCAAUACCAAGUGAUUGGAAAAAAGAACAAGUUCAGGCCAAAGUAACAGAGAGUAAAAUGAGUGAAAAGGGGCGCAAAUUGCGUAAUUCAAGAAAGAAGUCAAAUAUAUGUGAUGAAAAUGAUGUGCCAUAUCCACAAACAGAACUACAAAAACCUGUGCAAGAUGUAUGUGGUCCUAAUAAAAUUGUACCCAACAAUUUAUCAGAAGAUGUUGAUGCUCUGGAAUACCAAAAAUCAGAUAUCCACCUGAAUUCUUCCAACCAAAUGAUGCCCAACAAUUUAUCAGAAGAUGUUAAUGAUCUGGAAUACCAAAAAGCAGAUAUUCACCUGAAUGCUUCUAACCAAAUGGUGCCCAACAAAGUAUCAGAAGAUGUUAAUGAUCAGGAGUACCAAAAACCAGAUAUCCACCUGAAAGCUUCUAACCAACAAGUUCAGACCAAAGCUAAAAGGGGCAAAAAGGGGCGCAAAAUGCGUAAUUCAAGAAAGGAGUCAAACGUAUGGGAUGAAAGUGAUGUGCUAUGUCCACAAACCGAACUGCAAAAACCCGCGGAAGAUGGAUGUGGUCCUAACAAAAUGGUGUCCAACAAUUUAUCAGAUGUUAAUGAUCUGGAAUACCAAAAGCCAGAUGCCCACCUGAAUGCUUCUAAUCAACAAGUUCAGACCAAUGCUAAAAGAGACAAAAAGGGGCGCAAAAUGCGUAAUUCAAGAAAGAAGUCAAACGUAUGGGAUGAAAGUGAUGUGCCAUGUCCACAAACCGAACUACAAAAACCCGCGGAAGAUGGAUGUGGUCCUAAUAAAAUUGUACCCAACAAUUUAUCAGAAGAUGUUGAUGCUCUGGAAUACCAAAAAUCAGAUAUCCACCUGAAUGCUUCUAACCAAAUUGUGCCCAACAAAGUAUCAGAAGAUGUUAAUGAUCUGGAAUACCAAAAGUCAGAUAUCCACCUGAAUGCUUCUAACCAAAUUGUGCCCAACAAAGUAUCAGAAGAUGUUAAUGAUCAGGAAUACCAAAAACCAGAUAUCCACCUGAAUGCUUCUAAGCAACCAGUUCAGACCAAAGUUAAAAGAGACAAAAAGGGGGGCAAAAUGCGCAAUUCAAGAAAGAAGCCAAACGUAUGGAAUGAAAAUGAUGUGUCAUGUCCACAAACAGAAGUACAAAAACCCGUGGAAAAUGCAUGUGGUCCUAAUAAAAUUGUACCCAACAAUUUAACAGAAGAUGUUGAUGCUUUGGAAUACCAAAAAGUAGAUACCCAGCUGAAUACAACAGAAAUUACUGAUAGAUCACAUUUGAACAAAGGGGCUAAUGAAAAAGUUCCCAGCAAACGUUUAAUGAGUUUUAUGAAGAGACUGACUUUUAAUUUUUCUAAAAUUCAUGAUCACAUUAGUGAUAAGUAUAGUUCUACAAACGAUGAAGAAUCUGAAGUUGAAGCGAAGAAGAAGAAGACGGUGCCAAGUAGGAAGUACAAAAUUUAAAUCCGACUAUUAUUAAAUGCAGAGCAUAAUAAUGAAGUUGAGUGUUUUUUUGCAUUAUUUGAUACUAUCUCCUUUAAGGAAAGAUCUAUAAGAGUUUGUUUUGAUAGAUUUAAAUUACUUGAGUUUAUGAUGUUACUAUAUACAACCCGUCCGACCUCGAUUUUUAAAAUAUAUCUAUAUAAGAACAAAA